AAGAGACAGCAAGAGACGAAAGCUGCUGUGGAUAUCCAGAGGAUAUUCCGUGGGUACAGAGUACGGAACUACUAUAAACAUUUCCUGCACAAGUGGGCGGAGACAGACAAGAGGGAGGCAGCACUUCACAUACAAAGGGCGUAUCGGCAGCACAGAGCUAGGCUGAGGACAAUUGAAGCCCAGCCUGGGAAGCUACGGGAGGAAACUGAGAACUUUGCACGGCAGUAUGAAGAAGACUCCCAGUACAAGAUGCUGGAGAAACAGAAAAGAUGGGAAAGAGACAAACAGCAGCUGCUGGAUGAAAAUCGCGAGGCUGCAGCAAUGAUAGCCAGGAUAGGUCCUCAUGUGGAGAUGUACGAGGCCUUCCACCCAAAACGCACAGGGCCAACUAAAACUGAGGUGAAAAAGGCAGCAAUAUGUAUCCAACGUCACAUCCGGGGCUGGCUGGUCAGGAAGAGAUAUCACAGGCUCCAGGAGAAGGCAAAGAGACACGCGGACAGCUUCUCAACUUGCGUAAAGAUGUACAGACAGAUGCUGAAUCGCAUCAUGACACGACACGGGGUGAACCGUCCAACCAUCCCGCUAGUCUACAGCCAACUGGAGGAGUUUCUAGACAGGAAAAAUAAAUACGAGAAAAUGUUCAACAAACGUCAGUUCUGGAAUGAGAUUGAGGUCAGUGAACUGCCUGCAUACUUCAAGGACUGCGAACACUACCCCUCAGAACGGGAGAUCAACGAAGCCUGGGACAUUGUUACUAAAGGGACACCUGCAAAUGUUGGCCAUGCCCUGAAGAAGAAGGAAGUGGUUGAAGUGGCGUUCCAGAUCUACGUGCCCAGUGGUACAGGGCUGACACAGCAGGAGACACGGAGGUCCACCUGGCUCAACCCUAUUGUCAACGGGCUGGAGGGGAACAAAUACAUGGGGAGUGAGCAAGUUGAGGAGACAGACUACAAGACCUGCGCUGCAGUUGUGCAGAAGGCCUACAGGGAGAGGAAGAAACGGCAGACAGCCGAGACCAAACAGAAAACAAAUGGGGACCUUCCACCAUCAACCAAUGGGAGCUCUGCAGGGAGUGAAUGGACCAAUGAGAGCAGGGAAGAGAAAAAAGUUAGAAUUGUGGAGCCUUCUGAAGGGGAUGAGGACUCUCUUACAUAUUCUGAAGACCAGCAGGAAGAAAUUACAUCUGAUAAUGGAGUUCUCGAUAGUUGAUGCAACACUCUGGUCAUAAGGCCCAUGGAAUAUGGUGCAUUCUGUCAAAUAACAAACCAUUGUGCCAAACGUAUCUGUCGUGUCGUUACGAUAUCUGUCAAUAGGACCACAUAAAAUGUGGAAAGUGAAGUCCAGAUGAAAUAUUAUUUGUUGUUAGUCUGUCUUAAUAAACAGUUGU